GAAGAAACCCAUUUUCUUGAUUUGGGUUUUUCUUAGAAGAUGAAAAAAUCUAUUUUCUGAUUUGGGUUUUUCUUGGAAGAUGAAAAAACCCAUUUUCUGAUUUGGGUUUUUCUUGGAAGAUGAAGAAACCCAUUUUCUGAUUUGGGUUUUUCUUGGAAGAUGAAAAAACCCAUUUUCUGAUUUGGGUUUUUUGGGAAGCUCUCUUUCUCUGUCUCACUCAGCUCUUACUAUCUCCACAACCACAACCAGCACACAUGGCGUCUUCGAGAGGCAGCAGAGCUGAGAAGGUGAAGAGGAUAUUCGAGCAGUUCGAUUCCAAUGGCGAUGGCGGUCUCGACAGAGAAGAGAUGGCAGCACUCGUUGUGGCGGUGAACCCCCGCGUCAAGUUCAGUGACGAGCAGAUCAAUGCCAUACUCGAUGAGGUCUUCCGCACCUACUCCGACUUCAUCGACGGCCCGAAGGGCCUCACCCUCGAUGGCCUUCUCCGCACCUACGAUGAUGGUGCUGGUGAUGUCGACCGUGACUUCGACGCCCUCGACCUCCAUCUCCAGCCUUCCCCAGCUGCUCCACCUUCCGAGGCCUCCUCCUCCAUUGCAGACGAACGCGCCUCCGAGCCGCACAAGAAGCUCCGCACUGCCGCAUGGGCUGCGUCUCCCAAUCACGGGAUUGUCUAUGAUGACACGUGGAAGAUCGUCGACGACCUCGAGAUCCUGAUCAAGCGGCUCCGGACCAAGCAGAUUAAAGAUGGGAAGAUGAAGGUGGAUAAUUUGGAUGCUUUCUCUGACCCCGGGUGGUCGAGGGAGCUUGGCCCCAGUGAGUCGGAGAAGACGGUGUUGUGGGAAGAGAGCGGCCACGAUUACGUGACCUUCCUCAAGGAUUUGGCGGUCCUGAGAAGGCGGGCCGAUGCCGCGAGGUCGAGGGAGGAGGCGUUCGACGGGCACAUGGCAAUUGGGCGAGUGUUAUAUGAGUACCAGCUGUUCAAGGAGGCUUUAGUCAGCUUCAAGCGGGCCUGUGAACUGCAACCGACUGAUGUCCGGCCCCAUUUCCGGGCCGGGAACUCUCUGUAUGCUGUUGGAAUGCACAGUGAGGCGAAGGAAGAGUUUCUUCUGGCAUUGGAGGCCGCCGAGGCUGGUGGGACCCAGUGGGCUUAUCUCCUCCCUCAGAUUCACGUCAAUCUCGGAAUCACCCUCGAAGGCGAAGGCAUGGUUCUUGGCGCGUGUGAGCACUACCGAGAGGCUGCAAUCCUCUGCCCGACACAUUUCCGUGCAUUGAAGCUUCUGGGCAGUGCUCUGUUUGGGGUGGGUGAGUAUAGGGCUGCUGAGAAGGCAUUGGCAGAGGCGAUAUUCUUGAGAUCGGACUAUGCUGAUGCACACUGCGAUCUGGGGUCUGCUCUGCAUGCGAUGGGUGAGGAUGAAAGGGCGAUUCAGGAGUUCCAGAAGGCAAUUGAUCUGAGGCCGGGGCAUGUGGAUGCUCUCUACAAUCUGGGUGGGCUGUUUAUGGAUGCGGGGAGGUAUCAGAGGGCAUCGGAGAUGUAUACGAGGGUUCUGGCAGUGUGGCCCAACCAUUGGCGGGCCCAGUUGAACAAGGCAGUGGCGCUGUUGGGGGCUGGGGAGGCCGAGGAAGCCAAGAAGGCUCUGAAAGAGGCCUUUAAGAUGACGAACAGGGUCGAAUUGUAUGAUGCCAUCUCUCACCUGAAGGUGCUGCAGAAGAAACCGAAGGGGAAUGGAGGCGGGGCCGAUGGGGAGGGUGCUUUUGUUGUUGUGGAGGCGUCUAAGUUCAAAAGGGUAGGUAGGAAGACAACCAUACGGCAGGAGCUGGCCAGUGCUCUUGAGAUUAGGGCUUUCCAGAGGGUCACCAGAUUGAGCCAUUGUAAUGUGGAACUUCUCAAGAAGGAAAUGAAUGAAACCGAUGUCCCCAUUUCAUAUUCUGGUGGUGGGGCCCCUGAGAAAUCAAUCCGUAAGGCUGCAUUGGAGGGAAUCCUACGUAGAUUGCUUCGUUCUCUCAAAGCUGAGACGUUCCAAGGAGCUGUCAAAGCAAUCAAUGAGCGGAUUCUGUCUGUCUUGGAUGGCCCUGGAACUGGUCGGGUGGAUUUGGGCAUGUUCUUUGCCAUUCUUGCACCAAUCUGCAGUGGUCCUCCUGACAGGCGUAAACGGAUGGUCUUUGAUUCACUUUUAUGGCGACCCGUGAAUGAAGGUUCAGCCCAAAUUCGGAAAAUAGAUGCUGUGAAUUACAUCAAGCAAUUGAGAGUAAUUUACAUCCCUUCUCUUGGGAUUAGUGACAUAAUGGAAGUUCACGGAGAAGCAGACAGUUCAGUGAUUUCAUACCCUGAAUUCCUCGAGAUGUUUGAUGAUCCAGAUUGGGGUUUUGGCAUCAUGGGCACCUUGGUGAAGCUUGAAAAUGGUGAUAGGAACCGCCAUGGCCGCCACACGUGUGCCAUAUGUCGGUAUCCUAUAAUAGGGUCUCGAUUCAAAGAGAUGAGGUCUCGUUUCAGCUUAUGUAACCGCUGUUAUAGCGAAGGGAAGGUGCCGUCCACAUUCAAGCAGGAAGAGUAUAAGUUCAAAGAAUACGGAAAGUUACUCCUUAACAAGAGCGAUCCAUUUUGGCAAAACGAAGAUCUUCCCACUUUGAGCUCCUGCCUAACCACCAAAAUUAUCAGGUGUGGAACAAAAACUGUUUGUGCAGCUUUUAAAGAAAUGUCAGCACAUCUAUAUGAAUCUCAUCGUGCAAAGCCUUCUUAUAUCAACAGGAAAUUUUGAUAGUGUAAAUUUGCCAGAACAGCAGGAGGAGCUCUCUCUCAGAUGCAAGAGGUAGUUUGGAACAAAAACUAAACAAGGUGGGUUGGCAUUGGAAGCUUGAGAGGUUUUUUUGUCAUAAUCCCUUUGAUUUAGAUUCGAACUUUGCUGUUUUUGUUCCCAGUUUUGGUCUCAACGUUAUGAAAUGCCACCCUUCUGAUCUCUCUUUAUUUUACCAAUAUCAAAUCUAAGUUAUGUUCCUUGGCUUAUUUUUGAAAAUGAUGAAAAUACUCUCGAAGAAGUGGUCAUUAUCUCUGUACAUAUUGAUGGAAGGAUUAGUCUAGAUGAUUGCCCACCAUCUUGGAACGCUCCAUAUUGUUGUCCACCUACCCUUGAAUGUUCUAGAUUGUUGUCCACUGUCUUGUAAAGGUCCAGAUUGGUGUACAUGUGCUUUUGAAUUGACAAAAUAGCUGUUCACCUACUUUCAAACAGUCCAAAUUGCUAGCCACCUAGUGUUGAACAAUCUAGAUCACUGCUCACUAACUCGGAAUGGUUCAGAUUGCUGUCCACGUACUUUUCUAAGGUUCAGAUCUUGUCCAAGAUUAUCACUUCUUAUGGGCAUUUUUGUCAUUUUCAAGAAUAGGCUAAUGACCUGAUAGAAAAUGGUAAGACAAGAGACCCCUAAAAAUGUGGAUAGUUUUGUAUAUUUUUCAUGUAAGGUACUACACCAUUGGGAUACGGACACAUCGGUUAUUGCAUGGGAUAUAUCGGUUGAAUCAUGUAAUGUAUUGUUGUUAUUGGGAAACAUUGGAAAAUUGGUUGAUUUUUUUCAAUGAAA